AAUCUGGAGACCUUGGCUCACCUUUGCUCUCUGGGCCCGGCUGGCCUGCCGCAGGUCAUCUGUGGCUGCAGCUGCUUGAAAAGUCAAAGGCCACCAUUGUAGCAACUCUGAGUUCUUGGCACCCUCAGGUCCUGCUGACCUAGAGUGUAUUGGGGUUGCACCUUCGCUUCUCCAAGCCCUGGCGCAGCUCUGAGACAGCUGUGGCGGUGACUUCUGCGAGGGGGAAGGAUACUUACAAAAUUUACAAAUUCUAAAAGUUUCUGUACUUGCUUUGCUGUGCCGAAGUCACAAGGAUCCCCGAAGAGACCAGGGAGACAGACCACCGAUGCAAACGUACAAGGUUUAUUGAUUGUUCUAUCCUUCCGCGGGAGGGACCCCUGUCUAGCAAGAUUCCGGAGCAGGCAAAGUUCCCUGUCUACUGCUAGGUUUUAAAGACAAAAGUUACAGGAUUACAUCAGUAGGUAUGGGUUGGUUUCUGAUUGGUUGACACUUGGGGAACAAUCAAGAAAAAUUUCAAAGUCAUGCUUUUGGCGUGUAAUACCUAUGUACCCAUUUUUCUCAUAGAUUGGUGCUGGGAGGGAACAUUCUGUGGUUUCUAUGGGUUGUAGGUGGUCUAUUGUACCAGUAUUUUUCAAAUCUGAAUUUCCUAGAGACUACAGGAGAGUUUCUUUUGCAGUCAAACAGUCCCCAGGAUCCAAGUAUCUAGGAGACUGGGGGAGGGUGGGGAAGUUGGAGUUCCUUUGUGUUCAGUUUUGACCCUAGACCUGUUGCUUACAACAUAGUCUCCAGGAGCUAAGGCUGGGGGAAGGGUUGAUGUGGAGUUUUGGCUCUUCAUUCCUCCUCUAAUUUUUGGCACGAAUGCAAUCAUGGAUUUCUAAAGCUUAAUUUUUAACUGUCUUCUGUUGCUAGGGGUCUGUAAUGUUGUGAUCAUUGAACCAUUAGCUGUAUGGUUCCCAAUCUAUUCUUUGUAAACUGUAUCAAUCUAUUCAGAAUACAGGGACCAAAUGUAAGCAGGAGCAGGAGGACAACCAGGGGCUCUGUUAUUGUGGACAUGAACGUGGUGAGCCAGGGAUGCCACCUCUGGAUCUAUCCUGGCUGGGACUGGGACCUGUGUCAGCCUCACCAUGGCUUCUCUUUUGCUUGGUUGGGGCAUCCUGGCUCUUGGCCCGCUGCCUCACCCGGAUCUUCACUUUGUAUGAAAAGUGUCGCCGUCUCCGAGGUUUCCCUCAGCCACCCAAGAGGAAUUGGUUUUGGGGUCACCUGGGCAUGUCUUCUCCCACGGAAGAAGGCAUGAAGGAGAUGACCGAGCUGGUGGCCACCUAUCCGCGGGGCUACAUGACCUGGUUAGGCCCAGUGGUUCCCCUCAUCCACCUGUGCCACCCCGACAUCAUCCGAUCUGUCGUCAGUGCCUCAGCUGCGGUUGCCCCAAAGGACGCCAUCUUCUACAGCUUCCUGAAACCCUGGCUGGGAGACGGGCUCUUGGUGAGUGCUGGUGACAAGUGGAGCCGCCACCGUAGCAUGCUGACACCCGCCUUCCACUUCAACAUCCUGAAGCCCUAUGUGAAGAUUUUCAAUGACAGCACCAACAUCAUGCAUGCCAAGUGGCUGCGCCUGGCAUCGGGGGGUAGCACUUGUCUGGACAUGUUUGAGAACAUCAGCCUCAUGACCUUGGACACUUUGCAGAAAUGUGUCUUCAGCUUCAACAGCAACUGUCAGGAGAAGCCCAGCGAGUAUAUUGCUGCCAUCUUGGAGCUCAGUGCCCUGGUUGUGAAAAGAAAUGAACAGUUGCUUCUAUACAUGGACCUGCUCUAUCGCCUAACGCCUGAUGGGCGGCGCUUCCAUAAGGCCUGCCGCCUGGUGCAUGACUUCACAGAUGCUGUCAUCCAGGAGCGACGGCGCACUCUGCCCAGUCAUGGUGGAGAUGAUGUCAUCAAGGCCAAGGCCAAGUCCAAGACCCUGGACUUCAUCGAUGUGCUGCUGCUGAGCAAGGAUGAAGAUGGAAAGGAGUUGUCAGACGAGGACAUCCGAGCUGAGGCUGACACCUUCAUGUUUCGGGGCCACGACACCACAGCCAGUGGGCUCUCCUGGGUCCUGUACAACCUAGCAAAGCACCCUGAAUACCAGGAGCGAUGCCGGCAGGAGGUGCGGGAGCUGCUGAGGGACCGAGAGUCUACAGACAUUGAAUGGGACGACCUGGCCCAGAUGCCCUUCCUGACCAUGUGCAUCAAGGAGAGUCUGCGGCUGCAUCCUCCGGUGGCAAUGGCCUCCCGCUGCUGCACCCAGGACAUUUCCCUCCCAGAUGGCAGGGUCAUCCCCAAAGGUGUCAUCUGUGUCAUCAAUAUUUUUGAAACCCAUCACAACCCAACUGUGUGGCGGGACCCUGAGGUCUAUGACCCCUUCCGCUUUGAUCCAGAGAACAUUCAGGACAGGUCACCUCUGGCUUUUAUUCCCUUUUCGGCAGGACCCAGGAACUGCAUAGGACAGACUUUCGCCAUGAACGAGAUGAAGGUGGCCCUGGCGCUGACACUGCUGCGUUUCCGCAUCCUGCCUGACAAGGAGCCCCGCCGGAAGCCGGAGCUGAUCCUGCGCGCGGAGGGCGGGCUGUGGCUGCGGGUGGAACCGCUGAACCAGGAGCACAGUGACCCACUAUCUUUGCCCCGGACUUCCUAAUAGAUGACGCUGCCGUGUUGCCCUGGGUCGUUCUCAAACUGCUGGCCUUAAAGGAAACUGGACCUAAACCUUCCAGCCAUCUGCGACUGCAGUCUUAGGGACACCGUAUGGGGCUGGUUCUUAUGUACUGUGUCUGAUAAUUGUGGUGCUUGCCGCUUUGACUCGUGAGAGGAACCCAAGGAGGAGAAGCUGACCAUGUUGGGUGAUUUUCAGCACUGCGGAAAGCAACAGCACUGGCCUUGCUACUCUAACUGUUGCGGAGUUCACUGGGACAUGGAGUUCAAGGUUUGACUGUCUUUCAGGCUUAUGGCAGGGCCAGUUCAUUAGCUUAGUGGAGCAGUCCUUGUUCAGCACAUGUGAAGUCUGGCCACCCCACGUUAAAAUAAUGGGGGGGGCAGUAAAACAGGACUCCAGAAGAGAUUUUUAAAAUGUUUGGUGUUCUCCUUUGGAAGCCACAUUGUUUUCUUCACCUUUAUUCCUACUCCAAAUGUUUUCCUUAUUCCAAGGCACAGAAUUCCAUUUACAGAAGUAAACAAAAUAGGAAAAGAAUAUCCUUUAGUAUUCUGACAUGUGAAAUAAUCACUGGCAGCACCAUCUCAUAAGAUCUGGUAAAAAUGAGAUCAGUUUUCUCCACCUAGAGAACAAAGUCAAUGCCCCAGAGCAGUGCUUAAUCUGUACUUGCCUAAGUUUGAUGUCAAAAGGUAGCUAGUCACAUCACUUUCCAGCAACUCCAAAAGAGGUAACCCAGUUCUGGAGAUACAUUUUUAAUUUGUUAUCCGUGGAUGUCUAGUAGAGGCAUUGUUGCCAGUUUACAGGGUAAUCCCAUUUUAACACCUGCUACAUAUGUGUGUGUAUACCUUGUAGGAAGCUUCUGCAGUACUAGGUUUCCAUAUUAUUUUUUGAAAUGCCUUUGAAAUGCCUCCCCAUAUUCCUCAUCUACCUCCCCCAUUAAACUCUUCUUGUAUCAUUAUUUCCCUUUAACACUUUAUACCAUUUCGUUCUGUUUUCUCCCCUAGAAAUCCUGACUCCAUGACUUCUUACUAAUUUUCUGACCUCUGUGGUCAUUCCACACAUUUCUCGUCUGUUCAUCUUUUGAGAACUCUGUGUUCAGUUCCAUGCCUUGGUUUUUAAUUGGGUUGUUGGCUUUCUUGAUGAUUCAUCGGAACUUUGGAAGGUAGGCUAAGUGCUUUCUGUAUUAUGAGAUGGCCACGAGCCAAUAAGGACAAGAAGUAGCUUUAAAGUGAUGUGUUUUACUGUCAAGUUGACAAGCAGUAGAACUGCGGUGGUUAUAUUGACUGUCAACACGACAGAGUCUAAAUUCAUGUCAGAGACAAACUUCUGUUCAUGUCUCUGAGGGGUUACAUAGAUCAGUUAGCAACUGGACACAGCUGUGAGGGGGUAUGCAGAUCAGUUAGCUUCUGUUCAUGUCUCUGAGGGGUUAUGUAGAUCAGUUAGCAUCUGGGCACAGCUGUGGGGGGUUAUGUAGAUCAGUUGGUUUCUGGUCACAGCUGUGAGAGGUUGUGUAGAUCAGUUGGUUUCUGGGCACAGCUGUGAGGGGUUAUGUAGAUCAGUUAGCAUCUGGGCACAGCUGUGAGGGGUUAUGUAGAUCAGUUGGCUUCUGGGCACAGCUCUGAGGAGCUAUGUUAACUGAAGUGGGAAGACCACCAGGAGAGAAUAAAGGAUAGGAGUGGAGCUGAGUAGCAGCAUUCUUCUGCCUGUUGCCUGACUGUGGAUGUGUGACCAGUUGCCCCAGUCUGCUGCCACCCCCUGUCACGAUGGACGGUAUCCUCCAACUGUGAUCUAAAAUAAACCUCCCUCCGGU